CGUGGUCAUUCCACGUAUGCGAGGAGAUAACAGAUUACAGUUGAACAUCUGAAGCCUCAGUCUUGUCUCAAUAAUUUACAUCUGUUUAAAAUGUAAAAACCAUGGAUGUAAUGCUCUAGGAUGUUGAAUAGGUUUAAACCGUGAAAUGGAUUUAGAGGAGGCUUUCCAAGCGGUUGGAGAAUUCGGCAGACACCAGAAGCGGAUGGUGAUCAUCCUUAUUUGUCUCCAGAUUUACAUGGCAUGCCAGUCCAUGCUGAUAGUUUUAGUUGGAGCUGUGCCAGAAUAUCAUGUAGAGCCUGUUACUGAAAGUGGGAGUGUAACUCGUGGUGUGACAUUUACUGAGGAUGUCAGCUCCAUUGUGACUGAGUGGUACCUUGUUGAAGAGCAAGCCUAUAAGGUGAAUUUAGCGGGGUCUCUCUUCUUCGCCGGUGUGCUCAUAGGAAAUGUCCUGUUUGGACCGCUCUCGGAUAAGAUCGGAAGGAAGCCGGUUUUUCUUACUGGUCUGUUUUUCGAAGUCUUAUUUGGAUACGGCACAGCCUUAGCCCCCAGCUAUGAAGCGUUUGCCUUGUCCCGUCUGUUGGUUGGCAUUAUGAACGGAGGCAUGGCAUUGGUCUGCUUCGUCCUCACUCAGGAAUAUGUGGGAAAGUCCUACUGGGCAAUGACAGGAACUUUGACUAAUAUGACCUUUGCAGUGGGGAUCUCUCUGUUCGCUGCUUUAGGUUAUUAUAUCCGGCCGUGGCGCAACUUGGCAACCGUGGCAAACUGUCCAGGACUUCUGCUUUUCCUGCUUUGCGUGACUCUGCCAGAAUCUCCACGCUGGCUGUAUUCUCGGGGUCAUAUGAAGCAGGCAGAGGACAUCCUGCAGGAUUUCGGUGUUAGGAAUGGAAAAGGCAGGAUUUCUGUGAAGCUCCGCCGGACUGUCAGCACCUGUGCUCCUGAUGCAUCCAGUCCUGGGGUUUUCCAGCUGGUCACUCAUCCCAUACUUCGCUGGAGAACUGUGGUCCUUAUGUAUGUAUGGUAUGUCUGUAGUCUUGUGUAUUACGGGUUGACCCUCAAUGCAAGUGAAGAUAAAGGAAAUCGUUACCUAAGUGUUGCGAUGUACGGGCUGGUCGAGCUUCCUGCUUACCCUCUGUGCAUGUACUUCAUGAACAAACAGUGGGCCGGAAGACGGAAAUCAAUGGCAAACUUUCUUGGCUUCGCAGGCUUGUCCUGUCUACUCAAAACUAUUAUACCUGUAUCAGGGUUCUUUUUGAGUGCUACAUCACUGGCUCUAAUGGGAAAAUUGAUGGUCAGUGCAGCGUUUAAUAUUGCAUACGUGUAUACCUCAGAGCUCUACCCAACCGUGAUCAGGAAUGCAGGGUUGGGUGUGUGUUCCAUGUCCUGUAGAGUAGGUGGGAUUUUGGCUCCAUUUGUGCCCAGUAUGAAAUCACUGCAUGCCUCUAUGCCAUUUAUUGUCUUCUGUUUGAGCGGUGUAUCUGCGGGCUGCCUCGGGCUCCUACUGCCGGAAACCCUUAAUAAACCCAUAGCCGAAACACUUGAUGAACUUUCCAGCCCAGUCUACCAUCGAAUCUUAGAGCCACAGGUCCACCUCCUGGAGGAAAGGCAUUUAUCUGACCACAAAGGAGAGGACAGUGAUUGAUACAUGGACAUUUUGUUAAGCUAGUAUAUGGACAUUCGUGACCACAAAUGACAUAUUGUGCCAAAAACACUAAACUCGCUAAAGUUUUUUUUUAAUAUGCUUUAGUGAUCAAUGAAAAGGACGCAAGUAUGUAAGGAAUAUUUGAAGAUGAUGAAAAAUGGACCAGGUACUCAUUCCUAACCUCAUCUCUCACAAUGCCGUAAUUUUAAAUGUUUUUGUUUACUGACAUUUGUGUCUAGGACCUAUUAAGUUUUUUUUAUGUAAGAUAAUAUAUUCACCAUUGUGUAUGUGAAACCAUUUUUGACUCUUAUCUGAAUGUUAACACGCUGCAGAUUUGAGUGAAUUAUAUUUAUGGGUCUAUACUGGUGAAGAGAGAUAUUUUCUCCAAAGGGAGAAGAAAUUGUAUAAGUGUAUUUCUGUACAUAGUACAAUUUUAAAGCUUUUAAAUAAAUGCCUCAAGUUUAGUAA